AUGUCGCAGGAUACAGGAUUGUUUAGUAUCAGGCGCCCCCGAGAGUCUAUGGCAAUGGGUAGCCAGAAUUACUCCGCUCUUCCGCAGCCCUCCUCCGCCCUGAAGCGCACCAGCUCGAUCGGAUAUCAGAAUCCUCCUUUCUCUUCUCAGCACCGCAUGUCACUUCUCAACUCAGCCAGUCGCCCUCAACAGCCGAAUUUCAAGCGGUCUUCUUCCGGUGGAGGACUAGGGGCCGAUGCCGGUCUCUCGUCAGUUAGGCGCUCCGUAUCUAGUAACAUCUUUCAGGGGCCUAGUGUCGGGCGUCCAAGCUUUGCUCCAGGGUCCAUGUCGUCGUCAAAUGCAGCAUCGCAAGGGCUGCAGCGGAGGAGUAGCGUUUUCUCAAGACCUUCCACGGGCGGCGCUAUGGGUCACCAAUCUUUCUUCACCCAGGUCCCUACAGUGGCUGGUGUACCGAGAGAUCCACGCCCACUCAGGGAUAGGUCCUUUCAAGCCCGCAUUGGACAAGAACUCUUGGAAUACUUGACCCACAAUAACUUCGAGCUGGAAAUGAAGCAUUCCCUAGGCCAGAAUACUUUGAGGUCCCCAACUCAGAAGGACUUCAACUUCAUCUUCCAGUGGCUAUACCAUCGCAUUGAUCCUGGUUACCGGUUCUUGAAGGCCAUGGAUGCGGAAGUCCCACCAAUUCUCAAACAACUACGCUAUCCCUAUGAGAAAGGUAUUACUAAAUCACAGAUAGCGGCCGUUGGUGGCCAGAACUGGCCAACCUUCCUCGGUAUGCUGCAUUGGUUGAUGCAACUGGCGCAGAUGAUGGAUAGAUACGUGCUUGGGGACUAUGACGAGGCUUGUGCGGAGAUGGGAGUAGACGUGUCAGGCGAUCGUAUUAUCUACCGGUUUCUCACAAGUGCCUACCAUGACUGGCUACAAGGCGGGGAGGAUGAAGACGACGAGACAGCCGGGAGGAGGCUAGUCCCUCAUGUUGAAAUGAUGGCCCAGGAAUUUGAGAAAGGCAAUGAAAAGUACGUGCACGAAAUGGAGGCUCUAGAAGCAGAGAACCGAGCACUACGCGAUCAGAUCGAAGAGAUGGAGAAAAACGCUCCGGACAUGGCUAAGCUCGACAAGCAUUUCAGAAUUCUGGAAGACGACAAAAGAAAAUUUGAGGACUAUAACCAGAAUGUUCAGGGCAAGAUCGAAAAAUAUGAUCAUCGCAUCAAGUUUCUGGAUGACGAGCUCAAGAAGACCGAGGCAGACCUGCUAGCCGCCGAAGAGGAGCGGUCUGGGCUUCAGGCCAGCGUGGAUCAGCAGGGACUAACUAUCCAGGAUAUUGAUCGUAUGAACACGGAACGUGAACGCCUGCAGAGAAGUCUUGACGACACUGUCAUUCGGUUGGAAGAAACGCACGCGCGGGUCAUGGCGAAAGAAGCCGAAGCCAGCCAGAAACUCGAGGAUUUGGAAGAAAUCGUCAAGGCCUACAACACGCUCGGAUACCAAAACAGCUUGAUUCCCUCGUCGGCGGUCAAUGCCAAGGGCGAUGAGUUCGAACUCAGUCUCAACGUCAACGAAAGCAAUUUCUCUGCAUCGCAGAUCGGCGGUCUACCAAACCGGAUUUCUCCGGAGGGAGACCGACUGUUAGCAGAUCCAUUCACCGGUUAUCACCCAGCACAUCUGCUGAACCUAGACCUCCGGGGCAUCGUGCGCAGCAAUCUCCAGUCUCUCAGGAAGGAGAUCAACGAACGCCGGAAACGUGCCAUUGAUGAUGACUUGGAGCGUCGCAAUCUUCUGGACAACAUCAAAGAAGCAAUGGAUGAGAAGCGAAGCGAGGUUGAGGCUCUGGAGCAUAAGCGACGUGCUGCUGAAGAGGAAUUCGAACGACUCAAGGAGAUUACCACAACACAGAAGCUUGCUUCUGAUGCACAGAUUGAGAAGAUGGAGAAGGAGCUGGCUAAAAUGCGAGCUACGUUAAGCGAAAGCGUCCAGUUGAUGGAACAGCGCGAGAUGAAUACGAACAUCGAGUACGAACAACUGACGCUCCGCGCCAAUGCGUUGCGGGAAGAGCUGCACACGAAUGUGGAAAGCAUGCUGAACGACGUAAUCCGUUUCAAGGUCCAUGUCCAGAAGGGCCUUGAGGACUACGAGAGCUUUGUGGUCGAUGAAGUGGAGCAGGAGCUAGGAGGUGACUCGCAGUUUGCUGAUGAGGAUGUUGAUAUGGAAGCUGAAGAGCUUUGA